UGUGUGCUGUGUGAUUUAAUGCAAACUUUUAGAUUAACAGCUUAGCACCCAUUUCCAAACGUCCUUUUUUGACCACCCGUCAUAAGUUUGUUCCUAGUGAGGACAGUGAAACUUUGCAGGGAUGUCCUAUACUUGGCAAACCUUCCCAGGAAGUGGUUUAGUUAUCCAGAAUUUCAUGAACCCUUGCUUCCUCUUUUUUUUUUUUUUUUCCCCGUGUGCCAAUUCUUUCCUGCCAGAUGACAAUGCCAGUAAAUCGUGGAGUCGUUCACUUUCAAGAACAGGUGAUGAACUGAACCUUUCCUUGGCAAAAAUCAGAAGUAUGUACUUGUCCUCUCUGACUUUGAGAGUUAUUUUCACAAACAUUCCUUGUUUUUAUUUUAAUAUUAUUUUUAUUUUAAUGACGUUACUGUGACACACCCAUCAAAAAUACUCCACAAUUGUGCACAAUCAAUGUCUAAACAUUGGAAUUACUUUAUAUUAUAAGUAUAUGUAAUACUGAAUUACUACAGUAUACAGUAUAACAUGCUAUUACUUGAGAAUGUGAUUGUAACAAGGCUGGUGAUCUGAUUUUCAUCAGGCUUGGAAGGCACCACACUGCCCUAUGUUUUCAUUUUUUCUUUUAGAUGAUUUAAUUAGUUACAGAUAAUGGAGUUUCUGGUCAGCAGCAUUUGCAAAUUUUAGGAGCACAAUGAAGAGGCUUGUGUGACCUUCAGCAUGGCGGCAGCACAUCAUGUAAAUCGACAGUGAAGGAAAACAAGCUUGGUGGUUUAUAUGGAAUCUGUUAGGGCUGGGCAGUGUUUUCAUUUUUUAUGGUAUAUUGAUACAUUUUCAAAUGAGAUAUAGGAGGAGACAAUACUGUUUAUAUGCGAUACACUUUGAAAAAAGUCAAGUAUUUUUAUCAAGUAUUUUUAGACCUCCUUAAAACAAAGACCUCCUCCUUGUUGUAGACAUGAGCGCUUUGGUUGUGAUAUUGCAAAGAAUCCCAUUAUUUACAGGUAAAUCAAAAUAUUCAAUUAGUGUCUCAUAGGGAAGUUGAUGGAGGUGAGGAAACAUUGUUACUCGAUUAAUUUUUUUUUUUUAAAUUGCCAGAUGACUGAGGUGAAAAAUGUAAUUUUAUUGAAGGGUAAAGUAAAAUGAUUGUUCUAGUGUACUUUCAGUGGUUGUCAGACUUCUUUUGGGCUAUUUGCCAAAUAAGUUUUAGAUUUAAAUUUAAUUUCUUUUUAUCCUUAAACAUUCAACUAGUGUUUUGAGAGCAAUGUCAGAAACCGAGAAGAGUACAUUGGUGGACCUAGUGGAGUGAAAUGCUUUCAAGUUGUAGCUGCUUUAUUUGACCCUUGCAACAUACAUAUAGGCAUAAUUCGUUUUGUCUAUUUUGAAACAUAGCGAAUAGUUGUACAGGCGGACCUGCAAUAUACCGGCACCUCAAGGCAUGCGCAAAUUAAACUUACACAACCAGCAGCUGCUACGAGCCCCAGUCUAGGGUUGGGGCAUAACAAAGGGGACGUGGAGUAAGGGAAGGACAGGGCGCGAUGGACAAGGGAACACACGUGGACAAAGGGGUAUUUUUUUGGUAUAUUUUUCUGUUUUUAUUGACACGCCACGGACACAGAAAAAAUAAACCCGGUGCAAAAGGACUCAGGAAUUACUAUAGCAAAAUCCAAAUUUCCAAACGCAACCCAAAACUUACCUAAGUGCAGAGAAGACAAAAAAAAACGACAAAUUCAUACGUGCGCAAAACAAAAAUGGCAGCCACUCCCUAUACAACUGACACAGAGCAUACACAAAGAUCAAAGUGUCAAACCGAAAUCCGGCCGAGAGUUCGAAACCAAACAGCAAGAAAACCCAAGCGAAAGUACAGAUAAGGGCAAAGCGAAAAUCAGAAAUCCAAUAAACCAAAAAAAAUCAUACGCAGUAAUAUCCAUCAAAGAAAAGCAAACUAGCAAUAAUCAAUAAGCGAGCAGAGCUUCCGACACGUCUUGCCUCUUCGGAAGACGGAAGUGACGAAUUCCGCAUACAGAGAGUUGUGGGCGGAGUCUGCACGUGGAGGCGGAGCGAACGUCGAAUGGAGAGCGAAGUAUUGGAUGAGACUGUGGGCGGAGUCUGCACGUGGAGGUGGAGCGAAUCGCGAAUGGAAAGCGAGCUAGAGGACGAGGCUGUGGGCGGAGUCUGCACGUGGAGGCGGAGGGAACGUCGAAUGGAGAGCGAGCUAGAGGACGAGGCUGUGGGCGGAGCUGAACUUACAUCGCCAUGGACCCGUCCAUCACAUUGUGGCAGUUUUUGCUGCACCUGCUGGAGGACGGCAGCCACAGGCACCUCAUCUCUUGGACCUCUGGUGACGGGGAGUUCAAGCUCCUGGAUGCAGAGGAGGUGGCGAGGCUCUGGGGUCUUCGCAAAAACAAGACCAACAUGAACUAUGACAAGCUCAGCAGGGCUCUUCGAUACUACUAUGACAAGAAUAUCAUAAAGAAAGUGAGUGGACAAAAGUUUGUCUACAAAUUUGUGACAUAUCCUGAUCCGACUGCUGCCGAGGGGCUUCGCAUGGGGGAGGAGUCCCAGCGGCGAGAGAGCCAGACAGACGCUGUAGGCCUGCCCAAGGUCCCUGGGGGCAAUGCCCCCCCCUGCCUCUCCAAGAGCCUGCAGGCCCAGCGCUCCCCACCAAACUCGGGCCAGCGCAGCUCCCGCAAUGACUACAUGAAGUCAGGACUCUACUCCACCUUCACCAUCCAAUCCCUGCAGGCCCCCACCAAGGCCCCCAAACCCAUCAAGACAGAGCUCCCGGUUCCUGCGGACAGCACCCCCAAGGUACCCAGUGCUGAGAAAAUGAUGCCUGAGCUGCGCGUCUGUACAAUGGAGGGGAGGAGCUCUGCUCAGGGGCGGGGCUCUGUAGAGAGCAGUCUGCAGGUGAUAGUCACCCAGCCGUCCCCUUGUGUCACACCUGCCCUGAGCCCUCAGACCCCAUCAGGCUCUGCUCCUGGUAGUCUGAAUGCCCAGACGCAGAAGACCCAAGGUCUGGGAGAUCCCCCUCAGAUCUAUUUGACUAGUGUCUCUGACCCAAGCUCCAUCGCGCCCCUCAUUCCGUUGGCCCCGGUCGGGCCCUCAGCAGCUCCCGGUGAAUGUGUGGUCUCUCCGUCCCAGAGCCACCAGGUGUUUGUGGUCAUCAAACCCUCAGCACCCGUGUCUUCAAAGGAACAGGCCCUCUCAUCUGAGGAGGAGUUCUUUGACAUUGUGGGCCUGAAGGAUAAGCAUGUGGAAGAGGUGACUGCGCCUGCAUCUGCUCUUGCUCCGGCACCUCCACCUCCCGCAGGAGGUGCUGAAUCAGUGGAAGGCCUGCCGGCCUGUGUGGAGCCAGCCGGCCCGCCGUGUGUGGAGUUGAGCCGCGGGGAGCAGCCGGCAGACGGGGAGGGAAAAACCGAAGCUCAGUUAGCAGAAAAACAUACCCCGACCCCAGAAGCUGCCGUUCCUGCUUCAUCACCCCAGGAAGCCCAGCCCCCCAAAUCCAAAAAGCCCAAAGUUCUGGAGCUGCCCUCAUCGCCUAUCCAGCUGCCACCUGGGCUUUCCCUGGAUAAGGUCAAUGCCGCGGUCAACAGCCUCCUGGCCCCUGGUGGAGGCACCAAUACGCUGACCCCCACCGUCAUCACCUCUCACGCGCUGACCCCAGUUCUGUUGACGCCAAGUCCGCUUCCCUCUACCAUCCACUUCUGGAGCACGCUCAGUCCCAUCGCGCCCCGCAGCCCGGCCAAGCUGUCCUUUCAGUUUCCAACCAAUGGGAGCAACCAGAUCCACAUCCCUGCCCUGAGUGUGGAUGGGCUGUCCACGCCAGUGGUCCUUUCUCCCGGUCCACAGAAACCGUGAGCCGUGGCCCGGGCUCUCUGUCACAUCCCCGAUCAGCAGUGGGAGGACUUCGCAAAGCAGGCUCGCCGGCGGCGCAGGACAUGGGGGCUGGAAACAGGCACAGUCACCAGGGCCCUGUGCAGAAAGCAGCUCUGAGCUGCUUUUUCUCGUGUCUCAGGCCCCAGCGAAGCAACAGCGCCCUCUUCUGGUGGCCUGCUGUCUUUGCUCUGGGCGGAGCCUGGGCCAGCAGGUGGCUUUUGCAGUAUUGCAUCUCAGAGAAAAGCCUACCCAGUUUCCCUUUGUGUGGCUUUUCCCCCCUUUUCUACAUGUCAGCAUUACGGAUUUUACUUCAUCUCCUUUGGAACUGAAACUGUAUUCAGUCAAAUUACCCUCCAGCCAUCUGUUUGGAUCGAGAGUGGCUUCCUCAUAAAUAAUGACUUUCUAAGAGGAAGAUCAUUUUAAAUUAAAUCUUUAUUUAACAGUGAUUACCAUUCCAUUUUUUGUUUCUUAUUCAGUGAUAUUUUUAAAAAAAACAUUUUUUCUACAUCACGAAAUUUGGACAAUAAUGAUGGUGAAUUUUCUGUUGAUAUAAAUUUCUCAUUUUAUGUCUGAUGACAUUGUGCUUCUUUUUGUUAUUUCUUUUCUCCCAGAAACAUUCUUGGUUUCAAGUGGCGAAUUUGACAUCGUGGACGUCUUUUUCCCACAUAUUAGAAUCCAUAUAUGUCUGUAAUCCCUGUCAUAUGUUCCUUUUGAAAUCGUGUAUGUGUAGUUACUGGGAUUCUCCCCUGUAAGGGGCUGUUCUUCUUGAUUCUGUCCAAUUGGGCUAAGCAGACUGCUACUGGGUGGUGUUCAGGAUUUUUAAGAGACGAUAUACAGUUUAUUUUGUCGUAAAAGUAAACGAGACAGCAGUUCUUGAUGGUACGCUCUGUCCAUCCCAGUAUUUUUCUGAAUGUUUAAUUGCUUGUAAGAUCUCCGACAUUGCUCUGAUUAUUUCUAAGAUGGAAUGUGGGUUUUGAAGUGUCAAGUGAAAUUUUGUAGCUUUUAUAAUGGGAACUCUAGAGGAGACCAAAGCCAGCAGUUUUAAUGAAAUUCUACACGAUAUUUUUUUUAGAGCUGCACUGUUUCGCUGUCAUUCAUUAAAGGGCUAUAACACAUUUUAUUCUUCUAUGCUACCAAAUGCUGAAAUUUUAAAACCCAGUUUUCUCAAGUAAUGGACAUAAAUUUUGGCUCUACAUUUACUGAAUUCAAACAUUGUGUUAAAACAAAAGAAGAGGUUACUAAAGAAAUAAUCUGAAUUAUUAGUUUUUCCCUUGAAUGUUGUUUUUUUGGUAGAUGUAUGCUUAGUAUCCGUACUGGAUACAGAAAUAUUUGCGGCCUGUUUGAAGUCAAAGUCACUAUUCUACACAAUGACAGACUGUCAGUUGCAUUUAUCAAAGCGAGUCACGUUUAUCCAAAGCUAUUGACCACAUUCCGAUACAUAAGGUCACCAAAUUUCUUUGAGAAAUGCAUAGAGUCUAAUAUGGAAUAUGAUGUCAAAAUUUUAUAUUCAGCUAUUUUUUUAAUAGCACUAUAUACUUACAGUAAAGAUAUACCAUUUGGUUUCUUGCAAACUAGAAUCAUUUGUACCAAUUUGCAUUGAUAUAUAUGUUAACAAAUUAUUACAUAUCCAUAGAUGUACAAUACAUCUACAGAUAUAUUUAAUUGAUAUUUUUCAGAUAUGUGAGCUGACUUUCCUUCUAGCCUUUUAGGUUUGCUAUGUGCCAGUGCUUGUGGUAUUUGUCGCAGUGUCAGCUGACAAAAAUAUAUUGAAAAGCCAGUUCUUAUCUUGCACAUUUAAAAUUGAGCAGUUGUUUGGAUGACACGUCCUGGACUCUCAUCAUUUUUCGUUUUCAGGAUCAUACUCAGAAACCUUACAGAGAUAUGAGACUGUUUCUGGGUCAGACGACGUUACUGGAAUGUGCAGCGCUGCGGUUCAUCAUCGGUGGCCAUGUUUGGGCUUGCUUACGUCACACGGGUUCUUUAAAAUGUUGAUAAAAUGUGACCACUUGUUAUCCUGAGUAUUUUGCACUUUGAGAUUUUUAUACACAUGGACUAUGGAAAAUUAUAAUCCCUCUUUCCUGUU